GUCGGUGUCGCAGAAAAUGUCGUAUUGGCCGCUCUCAGGUUACCCUGCUUUAAUUGUUUUCAGCGAGGAGGAAGUGCAUUUGUCCUGUUGAAAAACUAGUGAAAGGGCUUGAGUAGCUAAAUAGGGAUGGAUGAUAAUUAACUGCUUUGCAAAUACGCUCGACUUUGGCGCAUAAGGCAAAAAGUAACCUGUAGAAUUCAGCAGCUUAAAGUGAAAUAAAUACAUACACAUUUGUACACAUAAGCAAAUACGUGCGUAUACGUUUAUAUGGACACGAAAUCGUAGCGAGAUAAUCGCUAAGUGUACGCGUAACCCGUGCAAGCAGAAUUUUUUUAUUCCCGCUAAGAGCAGAAAAAUCUGGUCGUCUUGUCAACGGGAAGGGACAUUGACAUGUCUGAGAUACCGUUACUAUUUUCACCAUGGAAUGUCAGUUCUCCAGGAACAUAUCGUGAUUUCUUUAAUCCAAAUAUUUGUCAUCUUUGCAAGAGAGAUCCUAAAACAUCGUCGUUCUAUGGUGAUAAUUACAAUAUAAAUUGUUCGUGCAAUAUAAUUCUUUACUGUACCAACAAUCACAAAUCAAAACAUAUCAGGAGAACUGGAUCAAGUCGAGGAAAGACCUUUUACAUUUAGUCAAAGCGGAGUUGCAACGUGAUAUGAAGCCGUACGAAAUGCAGAUGAUCCUGUUUACUAAAUCGUGUUUUAUUUGUCAUGAACAGUAUAAUCUCCAAACUUGUACGGAGUGUUAUAGCGUGAACUAUUGUUUGAAUCAUGUAAUAGCUAUGAGAUAUCAUAAAUUUUAUAAUUGCGCCAAAUUGAAGUCUUGUCUUGAGACAGAUCAAUACUUACAUAAUGUAUCAUUAUUUUAUAAUAGAUUCAUUGAUGUUGAUUAUGCUGGUAUACAUAAUGUUGUAAACAUGCAACAAUUCGCUGAAAAAUUUAUGACUUUUCAAUCUGAUCAUUUAAAGAAAUUCUAUUCUGAUUACUUAUCAGGACCGUUGACAUUGCAUUAUGGAAUAAUGAACGAUUAUCUCCAUAUACAAGAUUCCCAUUAUGUCGUUCAUAUAAUAUAUGCAAAUGUUUUAGAUGCACAAUAUAUACUAGCCUGGGAAAUUAUGCUGCAUAUUUUACCUGCGGCACUAAAGCAUUUAGAAGUUGUAUUAGUAGGAUCAGAAAUGCAGGCCGUACACAUAAAUGUCGAACUUUGUUCGAGAUGCAAACAGCUUAAGAAGAAAUUCGGAGUACAAAGUUAUCGCAUCUCCUUUUACGAUUAUGUUAACAUUAUGCUUCCACGUGAACCACCAAAUGUAAUUAUAGCAUUUGAAGCAGAUAUUAGUGAAUGGGAUUUAAGAGCGAAAAUAAUUUCAAAAUUAAACAGUCAAUCUUGUCCACUUAUUGUAACGACCGGAUCGUAUGCCAAAUUUCAGAGGAAUAGGCAGGAGUUAAGUAAAAUUGCGCGUGCACCAUUAAAUUUAAUAUCAAUCGAAAAUAAAUUUAGUUCUCUUAGAGCAUAUAGGAAUUUGGAGAAUAGUGACGUGUCUAAUCGUAAUCAGUUUCUAAUUAUCUUUAGGAGUUUAAGAGGUUUAUUCAAUUCAUAUAAUGAAUCGGUUAAUGAUAAUGUUGAGGCUCAAUUCUCGAAAAAUGUCGUAUACGAUAUUUCAUAAAUGUCACCAAAUAUCACGAUUCUUAGCAAUUGCCCCAUUGAUCAAAUAUCGAUAUUUCUCACACAUUUCCGAGAAUUGAGCCUCUGGUCCUUUAUAUUGGUAGAACUUUUGCGAGAUUGAAUGUCUGGAGAUCAUUAUUAUAAUAGAUACAAGUAAAAAUAUACAAUGUUGAUAAUAUUUUUGCGCAGCGAUACACCUACUAUAGUUUCAAAUUGCAGCCAAUGUAAAAAAUUUUAUAAAUUUGUUUUUUCAUACCACUUAAAACUUUUGUAUAUG